AGAGCGUACGGUGUCGAAACCGAGGCUGUAACGUCAUGCUCGCAACCUCACCCACCCUCUCAGAAGCGAGCAGCUUUUUCACAGGCGCAGACUGACUGACUGACUGGCUGGCUGGAGCUGUAGCGGAUUGCUGUAGUUAACGGACACACUGCACAAUGCGUGAAUACAAGUUAGUAGUCCUCGGAUCAGGAGGUGUCGGCAAGUCUGCGCUGACUGUUCAGUUUGUCCAAGGAAUCUUUGUGGAAAAGUACGACCCCACAAUAGAAGACUCAUACAGAAAGCAAGUGGAAGUGGACGGACAGCAAUGUAUGUUGGAAAUUCUGGAUACCGCCGGAACGGAACAAUUCACAGCCAUGAGGGACCUGUACAUGAAGAACGGCCAGGGCUUUGCACUAGUAUACUCCAUAACAGCACAGUCCACCUUCAAUGACCUGCAGGACCUGAGAGAACAGAUACUGAGGGUCAAAGACACGGAUGACGUGCCGAUGAUCCUGGUGGGUAAUAAGUGCGAUCUGGAAGACGAGAGGGUGGUCGGGAAAGAACAAGGCCAGAAUCUGGCCCGCCAGUGGAACAGCUGCGCUUUCCUGGAGUCUUCUGCAAAGUCCAAGAUUAACGUCAACGAGAUCUUCUAUGACCUGGUCCGGCAAAUCAACAGGAAAACUCCACCACCUGGAAAGCCACGCAAAAAGUCCACCUGCCAGCUGCUCUAAUAUACAGCUGUUCUUUUGCUCUGAGCCAGGUCUGAUUUGCUGCUGUGUCCACAGCAGUGCCAGCAUUCCGACGUUACUAAAACCUAACAUCGAAUGGACUUUCCUGUGUGGUGAUCCCCCUUUAACAAACCAACCAACAAACAAACAAACGGAUUCAAGGCUACAGUACUAUGUCAGUUUUUUGCACAUCGAUAACAGUCAUCACUUUCCAAUGCCGCACGCGAGAGAUUUUUACAUAUAAUUAUAUAAAUAUAUAUUCUAAUUGUGUGCAACUGAGUAAAACGAAUUAAACGAGUAAAUGAAUAAAGUGCUAGACAAAAGAAUUAAAAAAAAUACAGAGCCUACACGCAGUGUUAUUGCUAACGGAAACAGCCGCCGUUGUAAAUGUAAGGAGGGAAUGUCUAACAAGGCUGUGCACGUUGCCAUGGCAAUUACAAUGAUAUUUAUAAGCACCACUAUUUUAGCCAGAAAGGAGAGGAAGUCCAAAGAGAUCUAUAUAAACCAUUCUUACAGCUAACUUUCACUCCUUGAUUUCUUUGCAUAAUUUUGUUGAUUUUUUUGUAACUUUUGCUUUUAUUCUAAACAUUUUUUCCCCUGCCUUUUCUCUUUUAUAAAAUUACUAGAUUUUUUGCUCUAUGGAGAUGUUAUAUUCGCAACAGCUAUUGAUACUGUUUGAGUUUUACCUUAGGAAAAACAACCUGUGGAUACAUUGUUGUAUAUGUAAAAAGUUCAAAAAUAUAAUUUUUCUGUUACUAUCACAUUGUCCUAAGCCUCAGAUGUUGCCUUUGAAUACGCGUUAAGACCUUUCCUCGUCUCUUUCUUCUCCAUCAAAAAUCAUUUCCAUCUCAUAGGCCAUCCAAGGUUUCUUUAUUUUCUUUUUCAAGUUUGUACAGCAGGCUUUUUUUAAGAAGGGGGUAUUAUAAAAAUGGGUUUUGACUAUUUAGGUUUAGGCUUCACCAGUGAGUCUCCUAGUGUGCAUCUAUCCAAAGGUCUUUUUUGGGUGGUCUCAUAGUAAAUAUUCAAAUCCCUCUUCAUGAUAAAUGUUCCUGAUCAAAAUAACUGCAGGUGGUAUAUAUUUUGAAAAAUGUGGGGGUUUAUUACAAGAUAAAAAUGGUAAAAAACAAAUGAACUUCAGUGAUGUCACAAGUUUGGACGCAACCCCACCCCCUUCCCUGCUUGCUGAUGCAUCUGGUUUAAACUGAGGAUAUGAAAACCAAAUAUUGGAACCUGUGAGUCAAGACUGAAGGUGUCUGUUAGUGACUGUUUCAACUUUGUAAUAAUUUGGCCUGUGUUUUGUCUUUGUAUCUGUCGGGGUUAACUGAAUGUUGGGAUGUGGAAACUUUGUGUUAAGGAAAAAUGGGAAAAUUUGAUUUUAAGAAAAUUUACAUCGCACAUCGAGUGCAGUCCUAGAGGGUAUUCAUUGAAGGCCCGAACGUGGUCUGUAAAGCAGUUGUGCGCUAGUACUCGGCGAGUGUUCACUCGGCUGGAAACGUACUUGUACUGUCUCUUUAAACAUCAAACAACUCUUUGCAGGGUCCAGCAUGCAGUAUGUUCACAAUGAAUUCUUUAUGAAUGCUUUGAGGAUUUGCACUGUGUAAAGUAAGGAAUGCAGAGUGUCCAAGCUGCAGUGGACACAGGUAAACAUAAGCUGUGUGUUCGGAUUACACUCAAAUGCCUUUUUGAGUUUAAAAAGGAAAUAAAUGUAAUGCUCCUUGACAUAUGGACCUGAGGCAGAGGCACAGUAUUUCAACUGCAACAUCAUUGCUUCUGAUGGGUGGGAUGGGGGGUCGAGGGAGGGUGGGUGUGGCCAAAUGUCAACUUAAAAGCCUUAACUAAAGUGGUGCAAUUUUGUAUAACCGAGCAUAUGUAGUUUAAUAAAUUGGAUUGCCAUGCAAGGGCUCAUGAAGCCAGUUUUUGCCACUUGAAUGUUUUGUGUAGAUUGUUUCAGCAUUUUCUGUCGGUCAAAUAAAAAAGCAAAAGUUUAACUUA